UCCCUACACCCCCCCCCUUCCCUCUCGUUCAUUUUGCAGCUGCCCGAUUUGCGGGGCAGGGGAAAGACCAUUCUGCACCAGGAGGAGGUGGGGGAGUCUCGCUUUUUGCCCCUCCUGCCGCAGGGAACAAUGGAACCGUCUAAUGAUCGGGGCAAGGAAGACCCCGUGUCUGGGUUCUGAUCCGGGGAGCCGCAGCCCAUCCCGCCCGCCUUUUCCCCAUCCUCUUCGGCCGCGGAUUUGCUUCAUCGCUCUAGAAAGCCUGUGUCUAAAAUUCCCGGUCUUCUUAGCUAGUCUAUACCAGUCCCUUAGAACUCAUGCUGCUGCUGCUGCCUCCUCCUCCUCCUUCUUCUCCUUUGGAACUCACUGCCUCUUGAUUGCUCGCGCAAAGUUCUUGGAAGAGAAGAGCGGAGGAGAGGAGAACCAUGAUCCUUACACGCAUCAAGCGUUGGGGUUUGCGCCCCUUUCUUUCCUCCUACCCACUCUCCUGCUUCCCUACCCCCUGUCCUGAUUUCUAAGUUGGCCGGUUGCCCCUGCUCCUUCCCCUGCCUGCUCAACUUCCUUGUAGCCGGUGGGGAUGUCGCGAUCGCCAACUCCUUCCUCCUCCGUCUUCUUCACACGGUCACGGAGACCGAAACCGUCCUAGAUCUUCACGGACACAGGGGGGAAGAUGUUGCAAAGUAUUGGCCUGACUCUCCUGGUCAUCGUGGCUACCUUGUUUUUUGUCUUGCUCUUCAUGCUCUGCGGUUGGUGCGUGGUCUGGCAGCUCUUCUUAUCCAAGUUUAAGUUCCUGCGAGAGCUGAUUGGAGACACAGGAUCCCAACAAGGGGAUAGCGAAAAUGUAGAACCAGAAGCUGAACGGGAUGCGCUGCUGCUCACGCCACAGAGAAGUAGGCAGAAACCUGCACGUCAGCGAAAGGGACCGGCCGAAGAAGCAAGCUAAAAUGAAAUGCCUGGGUAACUUCCAAACAACCGACAAGCAACGUCGGUUAAAUGGUUUGUUUCUACUGAUGUCCUAAGCAAAAAACCCAAACUAUUUCCAAAGAAGUUCAGAGAACAUUUUUAAAAAAAACAAAAAAACAAAAUGGCAGUAAGGAAGAGAAUGAAAAGCAAGAAGCAUCUUACACUUUCUGGGCAGGAUUAUGAAGAAGAGAAGUACAGAAGUAAUUUUCUGUUCCACUUCGAUUAUGCCUAGCUUUUGCACAAGGGUGAACAUGAUCAACUGUUGGCUAAUGACAUCUUUAUAAGACUACUACUAAUAACAAUUAACCUUUGCUCUUCGUGUAUCUGUUUUGUAUAGAAAUAUGGUUCUUUUAUGAAUGAACUCUGGAUAUUUCCAAGUGGUGUCACCCUCCCACAGGAUAAGGUCCGUAUAGAGGCUUCAUCAAUCAACUUAAACAUAAUCAGGAAAUGAAAUUUGGCAUUGGAUCAUAUGUCUGUUUUCAAGCUUCUUUAAAAAUGAAAAGCAUUUUGCCAGAUUAGCACCUAACUAUAAAUGUUUAGGGAAAUCCCGUCUGUUUUUCCUUAAUAUAGAAAAGAGGAGCAUCUGUUACAAAUCCUCAUCCGAGGACCAUUUUUUUAAAGAAAUUAAUCAGUUGGCUUUAAAAUGGACCUUUUUUCCCCCUCGUUUGCUCUUUUUUUUUUUUUUUUUGCACCAAAAAUCAACUGAAACUAAUUACCGAACUCCGAUGUAGCUCCAGGGGUUAUAUUUUAUUACAGUCUCACUGUUGUGCUUAAUGGUUUGACCAAAAACUUUGUAAUUAGUGUUG